AUGCGUAGAGAUGAUACACGUAUAGUUUUGGUUAACCGAUACAAUUACGAAGGACAACAAAUACAGAAAAUACAACACAAUAACAAUGGUCAGCAAUUAUAUAAUGAUCCUAACUACAUCACAGAGAACAUCAUCGGUGAUGUUAUUGUGUCUGACUAUUGGCGUGGUGUAGUGGUGACAGAUCGUGGAGGACGACAUCGAUUUUCUUACACAGGACCUCCAUCAGGAUCGGGACUAUCACCAUAUGGAAUCUGUACAGACGCUCUAUCACACAUCUUAGUGUGUGAUUUUAUCACCGGGACAAUACAGAUGAUUGAUAAGAAUGGCCACUUCUUGUAA